CAAAUGCUCCUACGCGAUGGGCAGAGGAGGAAGGCAUGUGAGGAAGACACAGAAUGCAGAAAAAGCUGCCUUUGCUUUCGUUUUUCUAUAGCAGGAAGAGAAAAGGAGGUGUCUGAUUUCCAGGCGUCUGCCCGAUGAAGAAGCUCUACAGGAUAAGCCGGCUGUGGCUGCUCCUCUCGGCCAGCUCAUUCAUAACAGAGGCAUCAUUAAUGACCGAGAUGAAUCGACGUUAACAGAAGUGCAUCUCUCGCAUUGCAGCUCAUGGGACACUUCCUGCUGCUGUUCCGGAUCAAAACCGUUUAAGUGUUUUUGUCUUUUUAGAUUCUAUCAGCUGGAUGUAAUGGCUGAUGAGAAGAGUAAACUCUAGUACAGCUACAGAGAUAUGGAAAGCGUGGAAAGUGCACUGGAAUGAACGCAGUAUCGUCACUCUAUCUGUUCUUCAGGCACCAGGAGCUCUUCUACGCCAUGUCUUGAUUGAAUGAUUGGAAUGAGGGACUGAGUGGAGUCGUUUGCUUUGAAAGCUGCUUCUGCAGCUGUCAAGUAUUUCUGGAUCAUCCGAGUGGAGACGCGCCGUCUUGAGCAGCUACAGCACCAUCCCACGAGAAGAAUCUCGCAUUGAGCUCGAGCACCUUUUUUUUUUCUUCCCCAUCAUUUUUUUUUUCCCUUCUACGGUGUGAAGAAUGGUGUUUGUUGUCUUUUAGGACUGCGCUGUCCUGGUGUUUCAUCAUUAAAAGCCCACCGGUAGUGAGGAGCCUGAGGUUUCCAUAGAAAUCAGUCCUUAUGGGAGUCCACGGAUAGGAAGUGAGAGCAGCAGGACGAGGCCGAUGGAGCUCCGCUACACAUCCUCGUUCUGAGAGACUCGAUGCCAAAGGUUGAUGUUUAUCCUGUGCUCAAUCGAUGACGAGUCUAGACUCGAUCAAGAUGAUACAGAAAACAUUUUCAUAGGACAAGUGCUGAGCUUUGCACUUUAGAGAUCUACAGAUCAGAUUGUUCAUCUGAAGGACUGCAUGCCCUCUGCCUGGAUUAGACAAAAUAGUCGCAUUUUUUUGAACGUACAUUUGCACACGAGAAUUAAGACCAUCAAAUCUAUUUAAGAACCGUCCUCUGUUGCUCUGACUUGCUCAUCUUUAUCAGACAAUCACAUCAGCGUCAUUGUGAGGGAGGAUUCUGGUAUGAGGAACAUAAGAGAUCAGCCAAGUCUGCUGAAAUGCACUGCAACUGAUGCACCAGGCCGUGAGAGCUAAACUUUCACCUCUCGUUUAUGCCUGCUUCUGCCUGUUCACGGCACAAUACUCUCUUGUAUGAAUACAGAGACUCUUAUAGGGUAUUUCUAAAGCUGGUUUCUGGAGCACAGCACAAUGGACGACUCCAGCAUUCUAAGACGGCGAGGUCUCCAGAAGGAGCUGAGCCUUCCCCGAAGAGGCAGUUUUUGUCGGACGAGCAACAGGAAGAGCCUGAUAGUGACCUCCAGCACGUCUCCCACUCUCCCCAGACCUCAUUCACCACUACAUGGACAUACCGGGAGCAGCCCACUGGACAGCCCACGCAAUUUCUCCCCCAACACGGCAGCCCACUUCUCCUUCGUGCCCACCCGCAGUCACGGGCACAGGGCUGACAGGACGGAUGGCCGGCGUUGGUCUCUUGCCUCACUGCCCUCUUCAGGGUAUGGAACCAACACCCCCAGCUCAACAGUCUCAUCAUCAUGUUCAUCCCAGGAAAAGCUGCACCAGCUGCCCUUCCAGCCCACCGCCGACGAGCUGCAUUUCCUCACCAAGCACUUCAGCUCAGAGAGCAUCACUGACGAAGAGGGCCGAAGAUCGCCAGCCAUGCGGCCACGCUCCCGCAGCCUCAGCCCUGGGCGUUCUCCCAUAUCCUUCGACCACGAGAUCGUCAUGAUGAACCAUGUUUACAAAGAGCGUUUUCCGAAGGCCACGGCUCAGAUGGAGGUGCGACUGGCCGAGUUCCUGUCCUCCUCAGCUCCAGAGAAGGUCAUGCAACUGGCUGACGGUAUCCUGAGCUUCAUCCAUCACCAGGUGAUCGAGCUGUCUCGAGACUGCCUGGAGAAAUCACGCGAGGGCCUCAUUACCUCUCGCUACUUCUAUGAGCUGCAGGAGAACCUGGAGAAACUGCUGCAGGAUGCUCAUGAGCGUUCUGAGAGCGUGGAGGUGACCUUCGUCACCCAGCUCAUUAAGAGGCUGAUGAUCAUCAUUGCUCGGCCUGCUCGGCUGCUGGAGUGUCUGGAAUUUGACCCUGAGGAGUUCUAUCACCUGCUGGAAGCUGCAGAAGGUCAUGCGAAAGAAGGCCAGGGAAUCAAAACGGACAUCCCCCGUUACAUCAUCAGUCAGCUGGGCCUCACUAGAGACCCACUGGAAGAAAUGGCCCAGCUGACCAGUUAUAACAGUGGAACCUCAGAACCAACAGAGACUGACUCUUGUGCUGCCUCCUCUGAGAGUCGAGGUGCAGCUACGAUACAACCACCUCAACCGCAGCCUAAACAUAAACCACCAAGAGAAGAGGAUUUUGAGACCAUCAAACUAAUCAGUAAUGGAGCUUAUGGGGCCGUGUUUUUGGUGAGGCACAAGGAGACACGUCAGCGUUUUGCCAUGAAAAAGAUCAACAAGCAGAACUUGAUUCUGAGGAACCAGGUCCAGCAGGCGUUUGUGGAGAGGGACAUUCUCACUUUUGCCGAAAACCCAUUUGUUGUCAGCUUUUUCUGUUCCUUCGAAACACGCAGACACCUCUGCAUGGUCAUGGAGUAUGUGGAGGGUGGAGACUGUGCCACACUACUGAAGCACAUCGGUGCUCUUCCUGUGGAUAUGGCACGCAUGUACUUUGCUGAAACUGUACUUGCACUGGAAUACCUACACAACUAUGGCAUUGUACACCGUGACCUGAAACCUGACAAUCUUCUGAUCACUUCAAUGGGACACAUCAAACUCACAGACUUUGGCCUGUCAAAGAUCGGCCUCAUGAGUCUCACUACUAACCUGUACGAGGGCCACAUUGAGAAAGACACCCGUGAGUUUUUAGAUAAACAGGUGUGUGGUACACCUGAAUAUAUCGCCCCGGAGGUGAUACUCGGACAGGGUUAUGGGAAACCAGUGGACUGGUGGGCCAUGGGAGUCAUCCUGUAUGAGUUUUUGGUGGGCUGUGCUCCUUUCUUUGGAGACACCCCCGAGGAACUGUUUGGACAAGUCAUCAGCGAUGAGAUCAUUUGGCCUGAGGGGGAUGAAGCUCUUCCUACAGAUGCUCAAGAUCUCAUUUCUAAACUCCUCAGACAAAACCCACUGAAGCGUCUUGGAACCGGAAGUGCAUUUGAGGUGAAGCAGCACAGGUUCUUUAUUGAUCUGGACUGGAACAGUCUCCUGAGGCAGAAAGCUGAGUUUAUCCCUCAGCUUGAGUCUGAGGAGGAUACCAGCUACUUUGACACUCGCACAGACAGGUAUCACCAUGUGGACUCUGAGGAAGAGGAGGAUACAAAUGAUGAUGAACAUGUGGAGAUUCGUCAGUUUUCCUCUUGCUCACCACGAUUUAACAAGGUGUACAGCAGUAUGGAGCGUCUGUCCCUACACGAGGAGAAACGAACUCCUCCACCCACCAAGCGCAGUCUCAGUGAGGAGGGAGCUGAGCGGCUCGAUAGUCUCAGCAGCCUUAAGUCUCGGGACCGUAGCUGGAUGGUCGGAUCGCCUGAAAUCCUGCGUAAACGCCUGUCGGUGUCCGAGUCUUCACACACCGAGAGCGACUCCAGCCCCCCUCUAACGGUGCGCCGUCGCUGCUGCUCUGCGAUCAUCGAAAUGCCUCGGUUUGCCAUCUCCACCGAGGAGGAUAACGCCAGGAAGACUCCAAUCAGGGCUCAGCGCAGUGAAGAACUCCCUUCUGCUAUCCCCGAACUCCCGGUGGAGAGAGAGCUCAGACUGGACGAGUCUCCCAUCACACCAGGCUCCACUUCCAGCCAAGCCACUCGUGGCACGCUGACACCCGGCAGUUGUGGCGAGUCCGUGGAUCGAGCGUCUCCUCGCUGCAGCACUACCGAGGGAGCGGAUAUUUCCAGUCCCAAAGCCAUCAGCGACUUGGCAGUCCGUCGAGCUCGCCAUAGACUGCUGUCAGGAGACACGGAGAAACACACAUCACGGCCCCUCAACAAAGUCAUCAAAUCCGCCUCGGCCACUGCGCUGUCGCUCAUGAUUCCUACAGAGCACCAUGGAGCAUCUCCCCUGGCCAGCCCCAUGUCUCCUCACUCGCUGUCCUCCAAUCCGUCGUCUCGAGACUCAUCUCCCAGCAGGGAUCUGUCACCGGCUGUUUGCAGCGUGAAACCUGCCAUCAUUAUCCACCGAGCAGGCAAGAAGUACGGCUUCACACUGCGCGCCAUCCGUGUAUACAUGGGAGACACUGACAUCUACACUGUACACCAUAUGGUCUGGCAUGUGGAGGAGGGAGGACCAGCUCAUGAAGCAGGUCUGAGAGAGGGAGACCUCAUCACACACGUUAAUGGAGAACCAGUCCAUGGUCUUGUUCACACAGAGGUUGUAGAGCUCAUUCUCAAGAGUGGGAAUAAGGUUUCUAUAUCAGCUACUCCUUUUGAGAACACAUCCAUUAAAGUUGGUCCAGCUCGUAAAAGCAGCUGCAAGUCGAAAAUGGCUCGGCGCAACAAAAAGACCAAAACAAGAGACGGACAGGACAGUAAGAAAAGGAACUCCCUCUUUCGGAAGAUCGCUAAGCAAGCGUCUCUCCUGCACACCAGUCGCAGCUUGUCAUCUCUGAAUCGUUCGGUGUCAUCGGGUGAGAGCGUGCCCGGAUCUCCCACACACAUGUCCCCUCGCUCUCCAACGCAGGGCUACCGGUCCACACCAGAUUCAGCUCACUCUGUGGGUGGAAAUUCAUCUCAGAGCAGCUCUCCCAGCUCCAGCGUGCCAAACUCUCCUGCCAGUUCCGGUCAGAUCCGCCCCAGUUCCCUGCACGGCCUAGCCCCAAAGCUGCAGCGCCAGUACCGUUCCCCUCGGCGCAAGUCUGCUGGUAACAUUCCACUGUCGCCGCUGGCCCGUACUCCCUCCCCAACUCCCCAGAGCACCUCUCCCCAGCGUUCCCCUUCUCCAUUGCCCAGCCACGCACUCCUAAGUUCCUCCAUUUGUCAGUCCUUCCCUGUCAAAUUGCACUCUUCUCCUCCAUUAGUGCGCCAGAUUGCUCGUCCGAAGAGCGCAGACCCACCGCGCUCCCCACUCCUAAAACGUGUGCAGUCAGCUGAGAAACUAGCAGCCUCGCUCUCAUCGUCCUCCUCAUCUCCCUCGCCUUCGUCUGCUGCGGAUAAGAAGCUGCCAGUCGGUGCUGGGCGCAAACACAGUCUGGAAAUCUCACAUACAGAUUUUAAGAAGGAGAUGCUUCAGCGCGAGCCAAGUUUGCAGAGCUUGCAGGAGUGUGCUAGCGAGACUAUUUUGGGUGGGAGGGUGUCCCCAGCAGAAAAGGGCACUCUGCAGAAGCCUUUAGCUCGUAAACUAGGUCGGCAGGAAGGCCCCGACUCUGCCACUGGAUCGUUAGGGCUGGUGCCUGGUAAGAGCAAGCUGAAGGACAAGCUAUCAGCUAUCCGGCAGGACCGUGCCGAACGCAGAGAGUCUCUGCAGAAGCAGGAUGCCAUCCAUGAAGUGGAUUCCUCAGAGGAUGAAACAGAUGAGGGUUCAGAGGACAGCCAGGAUGGACGCAGGACAACUUUUGUCCCUCCCAGUCAUGUGCUUCGACCCACAAGUGUUAUUGGAUCCCCACCUAUCAGGACAGGACCUGCUGCUUUAAAUGCUCCAUCUCUGACCCCAUGCACAGUAGCUCAGUCCGUCUCCUCUCAGCUCAGCCAAGGUCUACAGGCCCAAAACCAGACACAGGCCCAAUCUUCAUUAUUGUCUGAGCAAAAACCCACCCAGACCCUGAUAUCUACUCCCGCCGUGGCUUCUACCUCAGCACUACCAGAAAAUUCCAGCGAGAGACAGGGAACGUUUCAGGAUUCUGUGUCCAGCAGUAAAACACCCGGGCCUCAACCCAGCUCUCUGACCAGCACUUUUUCUACACCUGGUAGUGCAUUCACCUCUGUCAGCAAGGACCCUUUCCUCAAACCCUUAGCACCCUCUUCAGACCGUAGGACUGCCAAAGUGAGCAGCAAGCCAGAGCCCAGCAUGGUCCGCAUCAUAACCCGGGAACCCCAAACCCCUACUCCACCAACUGGAAGUAUCACCAAGGAGAUGAAGGAGGCGGACAACAGGAGACAAGCAGCAGCUGCUGCCGCCGCUUCAGCAUCCUCCUCCACAGCAGCUGAAAGUGGAGUGGAUAAAGUGGUUUCCCAGCUGGCCACCGUGGCCAAGAGUGUGCUAGGGCCUGUAAAGCUCAACAUCCCAGGGACCAAAGAAGCUACUGAGCGAAGCAAGGAGGCCAAACCUCAGGCAGACAUAGUGCACCCAAAAAGCAAAGAUCCACAUUUGAACAGUUCUUACUCUCCUGAAAAGACAUUUCCAUCGGUUGCUUCUGUCCCCCAAACCGGGCGACAGUCAGAAUCAAACACUCUUCAGUCCCCUGCCACAUCUGAGUUACCCUCGACUUCACAGAGGCUCCAGGAAACAGCUGGAGCAUCAAAGAGGCCUUCCACUCCAAAAGACUGCGCAUCUGGCCCAGAGCCCCAAGAGGGGCCAGGAACUCCAAGGAGCAGCGCCUCCCAGAGGCCCAGCACUGAAACACAUUCCCAGAGCCAGGCCAAACCCAGUUCCUUCACACAGCAAGACAAAUCCAGCAAGAAGACAUAGCAGCCUUGCACAGAAAAAAAAAAUUACAUCACACCUGGCAUGCAUGUUAAAAAAUACAAAUCUACUUCACUAACCAUGAGAUGAAAAAAAAGUGAAAGAAGAAAAUACAAGCAAAGGAGCUCCCCAGCUUUAGGGUGAAUUGCUCUGUAUUGAGGGCUUUGGAUUGCUUUGAUUUUCCCCUUUAUCACUUUUUCGCAGCAUUGUUUUAAUAAGUUUAGGAAAAAAAAGAACAUAUGGGGCUAGAAAUAAACUAGAAAUUUUUUUAAGCAUCCUCUGUAUUCACUUGAAUUCCAGUUUCUCAAUUUAUUUACAGUUUUAGAUCUAGUGGUGCCUUAAUAUAAACUUAAAAGUCCUAAGUUUGUUUGCCAUACAUUAAUGGAGGUAAGAUGUAUCUCAGCAAUAAAAUCAGCGUAUGCUUAGCAAUUUCUAUAAACAUGCUAGAAUCCUGCAUUAGGGUGGCUAUAUCUGUCUGAUUUAGUCCAUCACACACUUCUCAGUUGUUCUCAAAGUAAUUAAGUUUUAUUGUGUUCUUUAUUUCCACAAAAUAGCCAAUAUUAUUAUUUCGAUCGGGUUUCCCAGGUAAGACCGAAAGGUUCGAUUAGCUCACAUCUGUCGUUUUUUCCUAGGGUUUUCAAGUUGUUUAGCUGUAGCUGUUCAUACAUAUCUGUAGAAACGUAACUAUUUCACCAGGUUGCAUGUGUUAUUAGUGAUGGUUAAACAUUUGGCCACAUGUACUUGCUUGAAGUCUAAGAUAUUUGUGUAAAAACAGCAUCGUCUGAUUUUAAUGUCUGUAUUUAUAUCCCCAGAAAAAAAGUGCUCCAAAUUGGAAGGGUUUUAUUGUUUUUAUUUCUAGCCCCUGCUCUCUUUUUUUUUUUUUUUUUUUUAAUAAUUAUUAACAAUAGCAAGUAAAAUGUUUUUAAUUUUUAGGAACCGGACCAACUUGCUGUGUUCUGUGUGUAUUUGCCACUAAUUUUUCAAAGUCCGAGAACUUGUAUAGGCUUGUUAAUAAUUGAGCGAGUGGGUGUGUGUGUGGGUGUGGGUGUGGGUGUGGGUGCGCAUCUAUAAAUGAAUAUUAAAAGCUCUAUGUCGGUUUUUAUAUCCGAGUGUAUUGGGAGUGUAUCUUAGACUAGAUUCUGUCUUUGCCAUUUCAGCUGCGUCUGAUCUAGACAUGUAUUGCUAGUGGGCAAGGAUGUAUUUGCACAAUCCCUUUUUACUUUGUGAAACUGAAAACUAAUAAAAUACAGUCCAAUCAGA